UAAUAAGGUCAGCCCGUGCUCUAGAUAUUCAGUGGCAAUAACCUGAGCCAAAAAUGUCUGAAAAUAUGGACCACAGGAAUGACACUCCUGGUUUAGAGCCUUUGAAUAUCGCUAGGGGCACAAACAAUGACUUUGACUUCGACGACAGGAGUGGCGAGGAAGAUUGUGUUGAUUUGAAUGCCAGGAUGUACCCUCGCUUGAAAACCAAAGGGGUUGACAAGACUAUGGUGAUUAAAAAUGAGCCCAAUGACGAUCUUCCCCAAUCGUGCCAACACUCAAUGACCGACAUGGACUUACACUCACAUCAGAACCAGAUGAAACAGGAAGACAUCGACUCAGGGUUAAUAACGCAACCACUCCAAUCACCAACCACGAGUAGCUCCAAACAGCCCAAGAAGAAUAAGAUAUGUCUAGUGUGCGGAGAUCGUGCAAUCGGAUGUAACUUUGGCGUUAUAUCCUGUGAAUCAUGUAAAGCGUUCUUCAGGAGGAUGGCAUUCAGAACAAUAAGAGGGCGCUGUAAGGGCGAUUGCGUUGUAGACACAGAGAGUCGCGUGUACUGUAAAAGCUGUCGCCUAAAGAAGUGCUUUAGAGUUGGAAUGAAGCAAGAUAUGAUUUUAAAUGACGACGAACGAGUAAAGCGGCAGAAACGUGUUAAGAAUGAAGACUCGUUGUCAGAACCGUCGUCAGCGUGGAAGAUGGAGGAACUGAAGUACCGAGACGGCACUGAUUCAUCAUCAUCACAUUCAAGUCCAGAAUCCGUAGUAAGCUGGUCCGAAGAAGACUCUAAAUCAUUAGAGAUAGUGAACCAGGCAUUUAACCCAAUGUACGAACAAACGGUAAAUGAAGAGGGUUUGCUGCCACAUCCGACGACUAUGGAUAUUGUAAAUAUGGCGGAUAUCAGCGUGAGACGUUUAAUAAAAGUUGCUAAAGGCCUGGAGAUAUUCAUCAAGUUGUCCGUGAGGGACCAAAUUGAAUUAUUAAAGCACUGCGCUAUUGAGAUGCUCAUUUUGUUGUCGGCGCCUGCGUUUGAUACGAAAACGGCAUCUUGGGAGCCAAUGCAGAAACCAAAUGCGAAAGUCCACAGCGAUCAGGUGCAGAGAGAAGGGAACGAACAGAUGAUGGACAUGAUGGAAGGAUACGGGCGCUACGCUGCUGGUCUAGCACAAAUCAUGGAAAAUGAUAAAAAUAUCCUCCACCUGCUCGGCGUUAUUUGUUUAUUUUCGACGGACCAGAUCGAAAUGGAACAUAAAGCUCAAAUCGAGGUUGUUCAGGAACGGUUCGCUUGUUUAUUGGAACGUUACAUCAAGAAGGAGAGACCGGGCGUGAAUUUGUUCCCGCGCUUGAUCAUGAAGUUGUCGGACUUAAAGCACCUGAAGGACCAGCAUUCGAAGUUACUCAGUUCAGUGGAGGUCCAUGCGAUUGCGCCACUCCUCAAAGAGCUGUUCAACUUAUAACAGAUGUUUUCCAUAGACUACUCAGAAACCUUAAAAUUCAUAAAGCGCUUUAUGGAAUGAUUCUCCAGUGCAUAAUUGCUGUAUGUAUAGAAGAUGACUGCUGCCUUCAGCUGCGAGAGUCCGAUACGCCCGCAGCCACAAUCAGUCUUUCACUCUCAUGUUUACCGCCUGGCUGUGCUGUGAGCCUGCUGGUUGUAGUUUUGACCUGUUGCGCAGUACAUAUGGGCCAGACUGAUGUCCUCCUGCCCAGUAGGUGGGUACAGUGCCGUCAAUAAUGAGGUACAUGUGAACUUUGUAUACAUUUUAUUAUGCGCUUGUGUAGGGUAUGAAGUACCAGCACUUCGUAGGUAGAAGUGGAUGAAUCGAUUUGAUGUACUAUUCAGAGAAACAUGUUCAGGUAAUUCAGGUACAUGUAAUUACCUUUUUGUCUGUCUGAGCAGAUGAAAUUCAUUUGCAUUAUCAGCUGACAUUGAUUUCUCGUGGUUCACAUGCUGUCUUCUGUUAAGGUAAGUACAUCUGAGGAGAAUUUGGGCAGGUGAAAAGAUCGUAGCUGCUGAGAAAAACGUAAUUUGCUGUCAACUAGAACUGGCUGAAAGGUUUAUUUAUUGGAAAUUUCUCAUCGCAUAUUUUUUACCUUUCACUUCGAUUUUUAUUCUUUUUAUGAAAUAAACUUUAACGAAUUUUGUGAUUUGUUGUGAGGAUAAAUUAUAAUGAAAAAUGGUCCUAUAAGGUGUUUUGAAGCAGUCUUUCUUUUAUUUUAUAAAAAUUGUUAUGUCAUACACACUGUAGUUGAUAUUUAUAGUUGAAUUUUAUAGUUUUCGCUGCAUUACUUGGGUAAAUAAAAGGUUCAAAUGUCUAACAAUUUAAAAUGUGGAGAUGGGAAUGAACGCAAAACGAAGUGAACGGUUUUGCACAUACAUAGAUCCCGCUUCACGUGGCUGUAACAUUUACUUCAUGGCAAUAUUGUGCUUACACGUGAUUCGAUACCAACAAAACUGGUAACCGCUAGUGCCUAUUUAAUCUGUGAUGUAAUAAAUGUAGAGUAGGGCUCGGGCCGUUCAUAAGCAUGUCCGCACAAUUUCUUGAUUUUUCAGUACCUCCAACUAUCUUUUACGCAUGCGUACAUUAGAGCCUAGGCCACCUCUUUUUAAAAAAUAUUCAUAACGUUUGGAAUCAAUAGAUUGCUAUAAAUUCGGAUCCGCACGCAUGCAUUCCAUUCGAAAGACGGCCAAUUUACAAAUCCCCUCCCCUUGUUGCAUGUUGAUGAAAUGAACGGCCACUUGGCAGUUUUUGCACUGCCUGUGUUGUUCAGAUGCCUUUGGGACUCGCCAAAUAUAGGCCUGUUGUACUCUUCGUCCAGUCAUGAUCGUAACAUUAUAACACGUUUUUGCUGUUUUUGCAAAGCGACUUCGGGCCAAAUAUGAUUUUGAGUAAUGACCUUGGAAAUCACCGGGAAGUUUCCACACUGUGUUCUAACAAUGUUGGAUCUUUUCGAUGCAAAAUGCACCCAUCUUAGUUUUGGUUGCGCAUGUUCAGCUGAAACAUAGGUCUCAAAUUCAGAAAAAUUGUAGAUAGUUGACUUAGUGAAAACAGUGGUGAAUUGUAACGACAUAUAGUAUGUAAUAAGCAAUAUAUGAUACCCGUAUCUCUUGUUUCAGUCCGGUAAUCGUAAGGAUUGUUUUACUGUUGAUGUGGUCGCUAUAUGAUGGAGUUGUUUCCAGUUGGCAAUGGCAUGUUAAUCAUUAUAACGUUUGUAAAUUGUUUGAAAUUUCAUAUCUAUUUCAGGAACCGGAUGGCAUUUAUUAUCUUUCAAGUUUCCAGAAGGCCGGCGUUAGAUAGAACUACACAAUGUACUAUAAUAUAAUUGAAAGCUACAUAAGUGUAUUGACACAGUGUCUUACGGCAUUGUAGGAUUUCUGGAGUACUGUUGAGCAGUCUAGUUGUUUUUAUUCUCUGUCUUGCUUUUGAUCCUCGUUGCUGUGCUGCUGUUUUGAGGUAACAUUUCAGGCUAUCUUUAAAGGUGAUAUUUCAGAAGCCAAUUAUUCUUCGUAAAAUGGUCUAAAAGCUUUAAUUUGUGUCCUUGAUGCUUGUUGAUUAGAGACAGGGAUUAGGCAAUUCGUGUACAUAUCACCUUAAACGCCAAAUUCAUGCCAGUGUCCAGCUGUCUGAUAACCGGUGUCAUUGAUCUUGACCCAUGUCAAAACGAGAUUUACUGAUGUUAUUUCGUGUGAAAUUUUAUGAGAUGGGUACCGUAGGUUAAAAAAGUUUAACAAAUUUCUCAAAACGUGCCAUCAUGUUAUUUCUAUUAAAGAAGAUUCUAUUGUCAAAUUUUAAAAUAUAAUCUUAGUGUAGAUUUCUAGGUAUACUUUGUUAGUGUCAUCAGUGGUAUUACGUGUUUGAUGAAUACGUAUGCUAUCAGUGCCAAGACAUUAUUGGCAAAUACACCAGCUUCAUUUCGCUCCACUUUUCCACCUCUAGUGUUAGUUGAAUAAGCACGCGUGAAACAUUGAACUUAGCUUGUCCUAAUGCAUUUUCCAUUUGCCUCAUUGUGAUAGUUAAUCAUUUUCUCAACAUGGAACAAAUAGCACUUGAGCGCCGUCUUAAUGUUGCAUUUCUCAAUUUUUCUUCCUGGAAACUGAUGUGUUUUUCAGAUAGAUCUGGCCAAACUUACUCUUAACGCGAGAGGAAGAAGCCUUGCAGUGUUAUCCUGUACAAUGGAUAUACUUUAGAUAAAUCUUAGUGAAUAGGCCCUACCUCAAAAGUUGUAUCUUAGGUGGUGAACAUGACGGACCUCACCCUUUCACAUCAUCCCCAAGCACGCUACCAGAGAACUACAAUGUUGAAUGUACACAAUGUACACAAUAGACCGAUCUCGAUGGCCUAGUGGUUAAGGCGCCCGCCUCGUGAACGGAAGGUCGAAGGUUCGAGGCCCGCUGGUAACCUCUUUCCGAUGCGGCCGGUUGGUUAGCCGCCAGCUAGUUAAAUAUAGGGUACAAACUGCCUUCUCGCCAGGCGCAUUAGAGAUAGGAGUUUGGAAGUGAAGAGUGUCUCAUAAGCCAAAAAGCUGGCUGGCCCUUUCAUUAGGGGUGACACUAUAAUAAACAAACGUUCCUUUACUUUUACACAAUGUACUACACGAUCACUCAUUGAUGAAGACAGAAGGAGUGAUGUUGUUUAUGUAUCAUUCUUUCAUUUCAUCUGUGAAAAUUGCAUACCCAUGUUUCAUGAAAAAAGUGUUUUAAUCCAAGGAGAACAAGGAAAUUUAGGAAAUUCUGUGUGCAGAAAUGUACGGAGGAAUUGUGUCCUCUUGAAGGAGACCCUUUACGUUGAAAACCAGUGUGACGGGUCACUAGGCCUACUUGGUGUUACUACACAUGCCAAAUGCACAUGUAAUUUUGUAAAUACUCUUUUCAUGUUUCGUAAACGGAUAUUUAAGCACAGUACUGUAUCGUCACCCUCACACACCUGAGAUAGGCACAUCUACAUUAUUGAGCUGGACACAAGGUUUUGAUUGGUAAAUGACUCAGGCAUUUUUGUUGUGGGUGCCAUGCUCUGGGAGGGGUGACUUGGGCAAAGAAAUUCAAAAUGGCCGAAAAGUGAGUUAGGCGAUUGUCGUAGGAGGGUGACGGUAUAGAGUCAUAGUGCCUUCAUGUCAACGUGAAAUUGAAAUACGUGUUAACUGCUUUGAAAUUACCGUGGAAUGAAGUGCUAACUCCUCUAAAAUGACACCCUUCAGUACACACUGGGCCAAAUUCAUAAAUGGCGUUAAAGGGUUAGACGUGGGUAACUUCUCUCUAAUCAGUUUCAGGGCCUAUUCAUAUUCUGUGAAGAUUUACAUGACGGACCUGAACCUGUCUAUUCAGUAGUUAAACGCUGUUUUGCGCUAAAUUCUAUGAAUUUGGCCCACUGUCUUUUGUAAAGGACACUAGUUUAGUUUUUGGCAGCUUUAUGCUUCGUUUGGGAUACCUCCACUAAACAUAUGAAUCGUGCUUUGAAUUGGGAAAGGAAGUGUUUACUAAAUGCUUUUGGUGCCCUCUAUUGAGAACUUAAUGUAUAUUUUCAAGAUCUGUAUAUGUUGUGUAAGGUCAUAUCACCAUCUAACUUAUUAUUGAGAACAUGUACCGCCACAGAUUAUAUUGGAAAUAAUACAUU